UUCGCCCCAUCCGACCCUUUUCGCUUCUCUUUUUCUUUCGACGUAAUUGCGCCAUCGAUUUAUUUGUGGAUCCCAAUCAUUGUGACUCGCUUCGUGGUGUCUUUGCUCCUCUAGGGUUGGGCGUCUUGGGGAGGGAGGACUCGCUCGGCUGGAUUUGUGAUCGAUUGCUUAGAUGGACCGCCGUGCUCUUCUCUCGCCGUGGAGAUCGAAUCGCCUCAUAUGUGGCGUGAGCAAAAUCCUCGAUUGUUAGGGACACCGGCUUUCCUUUGUGCGGUGCUGGUAGAUCUGUGCUUGAUGGCCACUGAGUGCGUUCUCGAAAUUGGUGAUUCUUAAAAGUGUAAGCGAACGGAUCAGUGAAGUGCCCUCUCGCAUCUCAGGAAUUGACCGCCGCUUGAUUGCGUAUAAUCUUUCUGCGUUACUCUUGACGAUGGAAGAAGGGGACCUCGAUUUCUCCAAUCCUGAGGUCUUCUCUGGCCCGAACGCUGGUGACCUUCCAAGCGGCUGCUCGAUGGAUAGUGUUUUCGACAACAUCUUCAACGACAGCCAGCAGCAUACAUGCACACACACCCACACUUGCAACCCUCCGGGUCCCGAUCUCUCACACACCCACACCUGCUUCCAUGUCCACACCAAAAUUCUCUCAGCUCCCGCGGAUGAGACUGCUGAGUCUGCAGGGAAGAGCUCUCCAACGAAGAAAAGGUCAUGCGGCAAUAGAGAAGCCGUUCGCAAGUAUAGGGAGAAGAAGAAGGCCCAUGCGGCAUCCCUGGAGGAAGAGGUGGCUCAACUAAGAGCGAUUAACCAGCAACUCAUGAAGAGACUUCAGAGCCAAGCUGCUCUUGAAGCUGAGGUUGCGAGGCUUAGAUGCUUGCUUGUGGAUCUAAGGGGGAGGAUUGAGGGAGAGAUCGGAUCUUUUCCAUAUCAGAGGACUGUGAAAGGGAGUGGAGAUUUUGUUUCUAAUGUGAGCCAGGCCAACAUGCUGGGUGAUGCUGAGGUUCUAAACUCAUGCGGUUUCCGUUGUGAUGAUCAGGUAUCGUGCCUUUACCCAGGGAUGCAAGGGAGGAACGUUGGAGAAAAUGGUGCAUUUAAUGGCCAGGGUGUUCAAGCCUGUGAGAUUGGUAAUAUUCAGUGCAUGGGGAGUUCGACUUCUGGAUAUAAGGACUGUUUUGGCUGCGGAAAUGGGGCUGCAACACCUGUUGACUGCUCAUCUAAUGCCAAAAAGAUAGGCGGAGCUCAUGCGACAAAGGAGGAUUUAUGAUUCGUUCUCCAACAUUUGAUGGAAGUAAUGAAUUAAUGGUGGUUCAAAGGAAAAUUAGCUUUCUUUUGAACUUACUUUUUAUUUGUAUCCUUAGCCUUUUAAAUUGAACUCAGUUAUUCUUGGAAGUAUAUUGAUAAGCAUAUCAUGUUCCAUCCGAA